GGGGGGGGGGACUCCGAUUUUUUUUUGGUCCGCCAUGGAUGAGCCCAAAGAAGAGGCCAUGAUCGGCGAGAAUGACCCCCGAGUGAAGAAGCUGCAAGAGAAGGCAUGGGGCCUGCAGAGCGUGACGAACCGACCUGGCAACAGGCUACCCGAGGAUGCAAAGAGACAAGCGUACCGGCUCACAACGCGCGCCAUUUCCCUCUGCACCAAUGCGGAGUAUGUGGAAGUGGAUGACUUCUUGAAGCGCGCGGCGGUCCUGCACAAAGAGAUUGAGGACAAGAAGAAGGAGCUGCAAGAGCUAGAGGAGUCCAUCAAGACCGACCUGAGCGGCAAGUGCUUCCGCGCCACCGGGAACGGAGGCUACGUCGUGGGGGCCAGAACCUCCUGACCGGGUCACCCACUGCUCGCGGAUGCCUGGACUCAAGAGAAGGUCAGGGAGAGGUGAGCCCUGCGUUUCACCCAGCAUCCUUCAGCAGCCUCUUUGUUUGGAAUGCUGAGC